AGCAGUAGUACAUAAGGUUAGGUUAUCAUGAAAUUUAAUAACAAAAAGACAAACAAAAUGCAUAAAUAAAAUACCUAUAGAAGUUGCUUGAUCGUGAAGAAUUUAUAUUGAGUAGUAUUGAAGAGAAAGGAGAAUAUGACUUAAGAUGUAUGUGCAUCUUAUAUUCUACAUACUUAUCGUGAUACCCACAUGGUGCCUUUUGGCAGAACAUGAUAGUACCUCUGAACACCGCUGCUUCCAUCAACCUGCCAGUGAAUGCCGUCCUAACGAUUUAUGCAGAUGUCACCAGUUAAAAGACAUCAAAAGGGCUGCUGUUUGUUGUGACGUAAACAAAUUUACCCUUACAGAAGGAUUAGCAUGUGCAAAUAUCACUGUAGAUGGACAAGUAGAGGCACUACAUAUACGAAAUGCAACGUUGGACGUUUUAAAUGUGACACAACCCGUAUGGAAAAGACUGAAAUACAUGACAAUCACAGAUGGCCAAAUCAAUAGCUUAGUAGGAGAGUUCGCCAAAUUAUCGUCAGUGUCUUGCCUGAACCUCUCGUCAAAUGGAAUUAAGAAUUUUGCACAGAGGUCCUUAGUUAACCUGUUCAACCUUAGCUUUUUGGAUUUGUCUCAUAAUAAUCUGACUAGUGUCCCUAGAUUCAAAAAAGAAGGAUCAGUUAUAUUGGACAUAUCAGAUAAUCCUUAUAUGCUUUGCACUAGUUUGUUAGACACUUUAAAGAAAAGGGAGGUUAAUGUCAGUAACGAGGAUGUUACUUUUUGUUUGUCCUCAAAGACCUUCCACUGGUUUAACUCAACAGAAAAGUUGCCAAUUUCACAAGUACAGGGAUUGCUUGAGAUUGAGGAAAACUGUAUUGAAAAUUGUACUUGCCAACCUUACAGGAUGGAAAUCGUGUUAGGAAAGCAACCCAUAUUUUCCGUCGCUGUAAACUGUUCAGGGGUCAAUUUGCUUUCCCUGCCAACUCCUCUACCACCACAUACUGUAUCGUUAAAUAUUACAAACAAUAAUAUAACAUCGUUACAGGAAUUGGGAGACCCAUCAUAUCAGCAUUUGAUGUUCUUGUAUGCAGAUAAUAAUCAAAUAUCUACCAUUCAACAGAUGGAGGGUACAAAAUUUAUGAGUAAUUUUGUAGUGUUGAGUUUAAAGAAUAACAAAAUCAAAGAGUUUGAGACAUACCUUUUGUCGAAUAUAAAAUUCUAUCGUACCAGCGACAGCAUGCGCUAUAUAAAUUUAGGACACAAUAAGCUGCAUUGUGAUUGUAAAACAGCAAAGGAGUUUAAGGUGUGGUUACUGUCCAAAUUGGAACACGUACCAGAUUACGACGCGAUUGGAUGUGACAAUAUGGACGUGAAAAUUAUGGAAUUGGAACAAACUAAACUGUGCCAGAGUCAGCAAGAUUGGACUGACUAUAUAUACUAUAUAAUAACCGCUGAAGUGCUCUUACUUAUAGGUCUUAUUGCAAAAGUGUCUUACGAUUACUGGGUAUUUAAAACAGCUGGCUAUCUUCCAUGGCCCGCUAGUAAAAUGCCUAAAUUGCCUUGUGAUUGGCUGUGCGAAUAAAGUGCUUUAUGUGCUUCCUGUUCUAUGGUUGUGACAAGUAUAUCUAUAUAACUUUCACCGUUAUAGAGUUCUCUCCUGCUUGUUUAUUAUAUGUUUUCUCGAAACGAAAAGUCUGAUAGUACAAAUUCUAUAUGUGUCUACUAUAUUUUACGUUUUACAAAAUCACAUGCUCAAUUGUUAUAAGUAGAUCACUUGUAUGGGAUUUUUAAGCUAGAUUUAUUUACAUAUCAACAUAGUUAUACAAAGUAGUCAAUUACUGGGUUGCUGAAAAUGUAAAAGUGUUUGGUUUGGGUGUUUAUAUAGCGAUUCAUUGAAACAAGGCUAAACAUUGAAAUUUUACCAAUUC